ACGGCGGGGACGUCUCGCCAGUUCAGUUUACGUCCGACUCGCAAACACUACUGACUAUUUUGACAUUAAGACAUAAAUAUAUAACAAAUUGAAUUAAAUAAACACAAAAAUGAGGGAAAUAGUGCAUCUUCAGGCUGGACAGUGCGGCAACCAAAUUGGCGCAAAAUUCUGGGAGAUAAUUUCUGAGGAGCACGGCAUCGACCCGGCGGGAGUGUACCGCGGCACUAGCGACCUGCAGCUCGAACGGAUCUCCGUUUAUUACAAUGAGGCCUCUGUUGCGACGGCGGAGAGUGGCGGGAAGUACGUCCCCCGCGCCAUCCUCCUCGACCUGGAGCCCGGCACCAUGGACGCAGUCCGGUCCGGCGCGUACGGCCAGCUGUUCCGGCCCGACAACUUCGUGUUCGGCCAAUCCGGCGCCGGCAACAACUGGGCCAAAGGACACUACACCGAGGGCGCCGAGCUCGUCGACGCAGUACUAGAUGUGGUACGCAAGGAGUGCGAGAACUGCGACUGCCUCCAGGGAUUCCAGCUCACACACUCGCUCGGCGGCGGCACUGGCUCCGGUAUGGGCACACUCCUCAUCUCCAAGAUCAGAGAAGAAUACCCCGACAGAAUUAUGAACACAUACUCAGUUGUACCCUCCCCUAAAGUGUCAGAUACGGUAGUAGAACCUUAUAAUGCAGUACUGUCCAUCCAUCAGCUAGUCGAAAACACAGAUGAAACCUAUUGUAUAGAUAACGAAGCUCUCUACGACAUCUGCUACAGAACCCUCAAAGUUCCUAAUCCCUCAUAUAGAGAUCUCAACCAUCUGGUGUCUUUAACAAUGUCUGGCGUGACCACCUGCCUCAGGUUCCCAGGUCAGCUGAAUGCGGAUCUCCGCAAGCUGGCCGUCAACAUGGUACCCUUCCCACGUCUCCACUUCUUCAUGCCCGGCUUCGCGCCCCUCACCUCCCGCGGCAGCCAGCAGUACCGCGCCCUCACCGUGCCAGAACUCACCCAGCAGAUGUUCGACGCCAAGAACAUGAUGGCGGCGUGCGACCCGCGCCACGGCCGCUACCUCACAGUGGCCGCCAUCUUCAGAGGCCGCAUGUCCAUGAAAGAGGUCGACGAGCAGAUGUUAUCAAUCCAGAACAAAAACAGCAGUUUCUUCGUCGAAUGGAUCCCUAACAAUGUGAAGACUGCCGUCUGCGACAUCCCGCCCAAAGGGGUGAAGAUGUCUUCGACCUUUAUCGGGAACACGACGGCCAUCCAGGAGCUGUUCAAGCGCAUCUCGGAGCAGUUCACGGCUAUGUUCAGGCGCAAGGCUUUCUUGCAUUGGUACACCGGCGAGGGUAUGGACGAGAUGGAGUUCAACGAAGCGGAGAGCAACGUCAACGAUCUUGUAUCGGAAUACCAGCAGUAUCAGGAGGCUUCGGCCGAAGACGAUACGGAAUUUGACCAGGAAGAUAUGGAGGAGCUCGCUCAGGACGAGCUACACGACUAGACUUGAGACACGCUGUAACGAAUCAACAGCUGGAAUUUCUGUAAUCACGCGGGGCGUGUACACUUCUAGUUUCUGGAUAUCAUUAUUAUAAGCAAUUUCUUCGUCGGAAACCACUCUGCAUCUUUUUAUUAUAUGUCCAAGGCUGUAUAACCUCAAAAUUCAGUCACUAAAGCGUCUCGUAUGGACGAGCGACAAUCAAUUUUACUGAAUCAAUUAUAAACCUACUCUGUACUGCCUCGUCAACAAUAUUUGACGAACGAAAGUGCAGAUUAAUAACGCAAUUAUUGAAUAGAAUUAUU